GACACAUACGAUGGUAGUUGUUACAUUUUCAUUGACCAAUAUGAAGACUGGGUUCUGGGUGAUGUUUUCCUUGGACAAUACUACUCGGUAUUCGAUUACGAGAACAAACGAGUUGGAUUGGCGAAAGCAACACCACAAAUGUUCUCAGCAAUCCACUUCUUCAUCGUUUUGCUUGCGUUGUCAUGUGCAACUGACGCCCUAUACAGGGUACCACUAACCAGAAGAAAACGAAUACUGAGCGCCGAUACAAAAAGGAAACCCUCGCCCAAUCGAUCCUUUCGUUUUUUCGGCGAUAAGCUCACGGAUAUGCCACGGUCGGAGUAUGAUUUGCCUCUGAACAAUCAUGGCAAUGGUUUCUACUCAGGACCAAUCACUGUGGUAUUUGAUACGGGUUCAUCGACGUUAUGGAUAGGCUGUGCGGGAUGCUCAGCUGAGGUUUGCCAGAUGCGUAACACGUUCAGUUGUUCUCGAUCUCAAACAUGCUCUCUGAACCAGUCGGAUCCUAUUAACAACCGUUACGGCAAAGGCGGAUUUUCGGGUCCCUCAGCCACAGAUGUUGUUUGUGUAACAGUGGAUGGCACAAUUGGUCUGAGUUUGGAGUCGAUAGGUUCGGAGUCUCUGCCAUCCCCGAUGUUCCAGAUUCUUCAAAAUCCUAUAUGCCAAGAGAAAAAAAUCGCAUUCUGGUUGAACAGAGAUUUAAAGGCGGAAAACGGUGGAGAGGUGACGAUAUGUGGUGUGGACAAAAAUCAUUAUCAGAUACGAAUGUUCUUUAAUACGACGCAGGUAUACGCGGAUACUCAUUUAAUGGCAGUUUCUUGUUCGAGCGUUGAUGAGCUUCCAACAUUGACAUUCUAUUUGCAUGGAAACCCCUUCAGCGUUCGUCCGGAAGUGUAUGCAUGGAAGAGGGAGACAGAUACAUGUGAGGUCUACAUAGAUAGAUACAUUGAGCAACCUCAAGCCUGGCUUCUCGGUGAUGUAUUCCUCGGAGAAUACUACUCGGUGUUUGAUUACGAAAACAGAAGAGUUGGAUUCGCAAAACCUGUAGCACAGGCAGUCGAUUAUCGUNUCCAACUCGUCCAACACAUGUUCUCAGCAAUCCACUUCUUCAUCGUUUUGCUUGCGUUGUCAUGUGCAACUGACGCCUUAUACAGGGUACAACUGACCAGAGGAAAACGAACACCGAACACCGAUACAGAAAGGAAUCCCUCGCCCAAUCGUUCAAUCCGUUACUUUUCUGAUAAUCCCACGCAUACAUCAUGGUUGGAAGAUGAACGGUAUGAUUUUCCGCUGAAUAAUCGCAUGAAUCUCGGUUACUGGGGAACAAUCACAAUUGGAAAGCCACCGAAGGAAUUCGAGGCAAGCUUUUGUCUUCAUGAGAACAAAGUGCAAUUCGAUACCGGAUCAGACCUGCUGUGGGUAAACUGUGCUGGUUGCUCGGCUGAGGAGUGUCAGAGACAUGUGACGUUCAAUUGCUCUCAAUCACGAUAUUGCUCUCUGGUCGACGCUAAACCAGAUCCCAUUGAAUACGCCAAAGGCUAUGCUUGGGGUCCUAUUGACAAGGAUUAUGUUUGUGUUUCUUACGAAGGCGUAUUUGGUUUGUCUGCGGAAGGGGAAUCGCCGGGAACGGAGUCUGCAAUGGGGCAGUUUCUUGGACAUUCUAAUUGCAAGGAUAAAAAAGUUGCGUUCUGGUUGAAUAGAGAUAUCCGGGCGAAAAGCGGCGGAGAGAUGACGAUAUGUGGUGUGGACAAAAAUCAUUAUCAGGGAGAUCUAGAAUGGCUUCCAAUCGCGUUCGGACCUCUUUGGACCGUUCGAAUGGAUUCCGUGCUUAUUGGUUCAAAUCGGAUAUCGCUAUCUCUCGGUGAAAACGAUGCAGUCAUUGACACUGGUACUUCAGACAUAUUUGCGCCUAAAGUUAUAUUUCAAAAGAUCAUAGAGAUCCUGAAUGCGAUCGGAUUAUAUUGCAAUGCUUGGGAAUGCAUUGGAUUGUUUGUUCGUUGUUCGAGCGUUGAUGAGCUUCCAACAUUGACGUUUGUUUUGGAUGGACACCAAUUCAGCAUUCCUCCGGAAGCGUAUGCGGAAUGGGACAAAUGCAACCAUGGUUGUGUGGUUCACAUAAUGCCAUAUACCCAGUGGAUUCUCGGUGAUAUUUUCCUUGGACAAUACUACUCGGUGUUCGAUUACAAGAAUAAAAGAGUUGGAUUGGCAAAGGCAACAACAUAA